CCACAGGAGAAAACCUCCACCGGUGCUGAGAGCAGACAUCACCUUUCAUCAUCAGUCUCAUCUGGGAAUGAGUGAGAGUUUCAACGUCCUGGGAAGAGAUUUCUGUUCCUGAAAACGUGUUUGAGGGAUUUUUUAGGACUUCAGAGGAAGCAUCAUGCCUCGACCUCAACUUCUAUUUGUCUUCCUGUGUUGUCUUCCUUUGGCAGCCUGUCUGAAGUGCUACACCUGUGUAUUUCCGGCCAUCUCUCCUCUGGACUGUCUGAAGUUUCCUCUGGAGUGUCCGGCAGGUCAGCGCUGCCUCUCCAGCGUAGCGACGGGAAGACGAGGUGCCCUCCAGAUGACGAUGUAUGAGAAGAGUUGUGCUGUCAGCUCCCAGUGUGGUCUGAGUGGACAGAAAUACACAUCAGGCGUCUUCUUCAACUACACCAACGUCUGCUGCGACACGGAUCUGUGUAACGAAGCCACGGCUAUUGCUGCCCUCAGCUGGAGAGGAUUGAUGCUCUGGAUGCUGCCGACACUCGGCCUCCUGCUGGCCUGAGCAGCACACAAAUAUCAGGAAGAGAUGCACUAAAAUGUACCAUCAGAAGGCAGGGAGUGGUGCACCAAGAAGGUUGGAAAAUGCCUGUUUUUAUGCAUUUUUAACAGAGAACAUGAUCAAGUGGCCACUCAGCAUAUAACAGAAGUGGAAAUCAACAUUUUCCUGCAUCUAAAACUAACAUAUGGUACAAAAAUACGUGGGUCAAUAUAUAAUUGUGGGACUUUUUGUAUCAUAGUCGACAUUUUUGUUGUUUUCAGGCCUAAAAUCAACAUGACCACCUAUAACCAAACACCACAUGGCAUUUUAGAGAAAGAUUCUUCUAAAUAUUAUAUAUACAAUUGAAAUUGAAAGCUAUUUAAAGAUAUUGUAGUAAACCUGUUGACAUGCCAUAAAUCCACACUUGACUCACACACUACUCUACAGACUGAAAACAGCCACAAAGGGGUGCAAAAUGACCACAAAAAGACCUAAAAUGAUGACAACACAGUAUGAAAGUGACCAACACACCAAACACACAAAAUGACAAAAAUGACCACAGAAAAACAAAAUAACUCAGUGAGACAGUUAAUUAUCAUAUAAAGACACAAAAUGAUGAACGACACAAAAUAAAUAGAAAAACCCCCCAAAAACAAAAAUGAUCACAAACAGAUUUAAAAUGCCCACAAAACAGCCUGAAAAUGACCAAAAAAAAAGCAACAAAAUGAGCAGGUCAUGUGAUGUGGAAUUAACACACUUCUUUAAGAGCUGUUUCUGUAAUGGGGAACAUUACAGAAACCUCCAUUAUAGAUCAACCCAUGCGUAUUUAAACACCAUUACCUGAUUAGAUUCUUAGAGCAGACCAGAAUAUAAAGUUUUAUUUAACCCUCAGAGUGUAUUUUGAAUGAAAAGUACUUAAAAAAAAAAAAACUUCAAGUGAAAGGAAAUGUUUUUUUCUCUUCCUGAAUCCCAGGUAUCAAAAUGCAAAAGAUCCUAAAAGUGCAAUUUUCACAAAAUAUAUUCAGUAAAAAUAACUGCAGGCUAAUGAUGCCUUAAAGAGAUGCCUUCUUAUAUCAUGAUGUCAGUUUAUGUAUUUGCUUUGUACACUUAUUUCUAAAACUUUCUGUAUUUGACAACAUUUUUACUGAUUAAAAUUUCCUGCUUCUACCAGAAAAA